UUGAUUUAUUGCUUAUGUUGAAGCUGGCAGCUGUGAUCUUUUUAUUUAACCAAGAUGGAUCAAGGCAGAGGCUUAUUGUCCUUGUGUUCUUUGCUGCUAUUGUAUAUUUAUACCAAACUGGAGCUUUGACACCAAUAAUAAGAUGGCUUUCACGAGGUAUGCAGAGAGCAGCAGCACCUCCUCAUCCAGCAAGACCUGCAGCCAGAGCUGAAAAUGUUCCUCCACCCAGGCAAGAGGGUGAUAAUGUUACUCCAGCAGAGGGUCAACCUGAAGCCGAGAAUGGGAACCAGCCUGCUAAUGAAGCAGACCGGGCAGUUGGGAAUGAAAAUGUUGCAGAAGUUGGAGGAGUAAAUGGUGGGAAUCAGUGGUGGGGCAUUGUAAAGGAGAUUCAGAUGAUUGUCUUUGGAUUUAUCACUUCCCUUCUCCCUGGGUUCCACAACCAUAUGGAUUGAACUAUAUUUUGUAGUUAACAAGGUUUGUGAAAUUGACAAAUAUGGUCUGAGAGACCAUGCCCUGAAAUAAAAAUGUAUAGCAUCAGAAGUUUCCAAGCGUCAUAACUAAUACAUACAAAAAUAAGAAAAAAAAAAAAACAGAGGAAGAUAUGGUGCAACUAUAGGCUGCCGUUUUUGUAUCAUUACUUGGUUUGUUCAUAAAACAGCUUCCAUAGUAGGGACGUUAGAUUUUUUUUUUCUGUACUGUUUUCUAUUGCAAGUGCAUGGUGAUUUUAUUUCUUUUCUAACUUUGUAUGAUAUUUCUCAGUGACUAAUGCUUUUUCCAAUCA